UGAAGGUUUCUACAGGUCAUUGUUUGUAAAAACUGAUGGGAGAACUAGAGGUUACUGUUCAUUUGGAGCUAAAACUGACAGGGCAGCUCUGCACUUGUAGCUGAAAGGUUUCACAGGACGCUUGCUGAGUGCAGCUGCAGCAGUCAUGGCUGCUGGCUUCAUGACAUCAAGAAUACUACUGCUUUGCCUACUGAAUGAGGUGACUUAUGCCACUGGUUUGCGAGCAUCUAAUACUGGGUAUGAAGCGUGGCAGGAUGGAGAAAAACAGGAAAUACAUGGCUACCGUCGCCCUCUUCAAUAUGUACGCUCUCUGAGGCAGUCAAAGAAUAACCCAGAACAUUUAAAUCAGUUUUAUAAAUGGCAAAAUUCCCAAAGGAGUCUCAAAGAUUUGAGUCGUGGCCAGACUCUUCAGCAAACUAUGCGUCACCUUUGGCCACAGAUGUCUCCAGUCCAACCUGCACCACAGAGAAACAAUGCUUUGUUUCAGCCUCGAGGCUUUAAGGUCAGUCUGGAUCUUCCUUUUUUUGAACAGAGUCAAAGCAAAGUGAAUGACUCUGCUGCCAAAGGCCAUGACACUAUACCUAAAACCAAGCUAAGGGUUCAGUUUCAAAGCGGUAUUAGCAUUCCUGAGUUUCAGAGUCCUGAUGGAGAUUCUACAAAGAAUUUAUAUGUUGAAAAGAACAUCCAUGGUGUUCCCAUUCCAAGCCUUGCCACACCCCCAGCUGCAUCUGUGAAGCCAUUAAAACUCACCGGAGGUCAUACUAAAAACCUUAAGGAACCAGUAAAUGAUUAUCAGACCAGUUACAUGGUGCCAGGGAAACAGUUAAGUUCAAUACAGAUGGGAUUGAAAUGGCCCAUCAGCCAGACAGCAGGUGAACAAAUUAAAAAGCUGCCCAGUUCAACGUGGUCUAAUUAUGUCGAUACUGGACCAAAGAAAACUCCACAGCGACCAUAUCAGUCAAUUUUCACACAACCUAUUGAUGACAAACUGACAAUUUCAACUUGGCAAUUAAACCAGCAUAAAACUCCUCAGCAGAUAAGACAGGAGCCACCCCUGGCCAGACAGAGUUUGAAACUUCAAAGACCAGAUUCAACCAAACCUCCAUCUUUGCCUAUUGUCAAAUAUCUUGAACAGUUGGGUUUCAAAACCAAAACGAGUCCCACAAGAAAAGACAGUGACGAUCAAAUUGUUGAACCUUAUUCAACACAAAAGCAAUAUUUGCCUCUGUUACAAUCUAACAGGAGAUCUCAAAGUCAAGAAUAUAUUGGUGCUGGUUCUCCAAAUGUUGUUCAGACCCAAAGUAGUUCCAGUACCUCUGGUGCAGAUAUUGUCAAAGUUUUGACCAAGAUUCAAAAGGCUGAUAAUGAUCAAGAUGUUGGUGUUCAAAGCCUGCAACUUGGCUUUUCUUUCCCAUUUAAAACCUUAUUGCCAAACCUCACUAAAAGUGAUGGUGGCUACUUGAAAAUCAAACCUGAAAGUGUUGGGGCUCUUUUUACUCAUUACAUGGAGGCAAAGUCACAAUCAAAUUCACGUCCGACUGAAUUAACAUUGUCAGUCUUGGGUAUUGAUGAUGCUGGGCAACAAAGAAUAAAUGGGCACCCUGAAAGGAAAUGGCCAGUCCUAAAUCUUGACAUAGGACAUCAACAAAAAAAACAUCCUCCUUCUAUGCCUGUUCCUACAAAACCUGCAGACAAUAAGCCAAAUUUUCCAUCUUGGUCUCCAAGUCAGCAAGCUGGCCAGGAUGAAACUACCAGCAUACAGAGUUGGGGACCUCAAAAGCCAAAAAUGGACAAGCCUCAGUUUCCAGUCCUGGCCAUUUCAAAAUAUCUUGACCUUGUUGAUCUAACACGGCCCUUAAAAAAGGACAACAGCCAAAUUACCCAGCCAAAACCAUCUCCAUCUGUACGAGUUCAAAGUUUGUACAGUCUUCUGAAGCCCAUCACCAGCAAUGUUCAAGAUCAGACUAGACCUUCAGUCAGUCGAUUAUUCUCUUCUACACAUGACAUCGGUCCAUUUAAGCCAUCCAGUGAUCUCAGACAGAAUGCUGAGAUGACACAUUCAAGUUCAGAUCACCCUCCACUCACCACUUAUGACCUUUCACCCUUUAAUUCUCCAAAACUGGAAGCCGGUCCUGCGAAACAGCAACAAACAUGGCAGGAACCUGUUUCUUCCCCUUAUCUUUAUCAGUACAACAAUGGAAGAGAAGCAUCUUAUGACACCACUUUUGAAAAUGUACCCGAUUUGUCCAGCAUGCCAAGUAGGUAUCAAAGUCAAAAGAAACUUUUUGAGCAAGACAACUAUGGACCCAACAAAGAUCAAAAUUACGAAUAUGCAAGCAUCUUUGACACUGAUGGUGGCGACACUGAUGGUGGCGAUACUGUCUUUGGGCAGACCUACCAGAGUAAAUGGACUGAGAAAAACACUGCAGGAACACCUCUUAAUUUACAACCCCCAUGUGAAUCUUCCUCUAGGCUUGGUCAUCAAGGCUAUUUUUCAGACCCUCACUACCCUUACUUAAAUGCAGAAACUUGGCCUUGCAGUCCUAUACCUUGCAUGGAUGGAGCAGGUGAAUGUUUCAAUGAAACUAAAAAGCAGAGCACAAAUUUUCCACAAUGGGUCAAUUACUCACCAAAGGCAGAGGCAACUUCUAUUUCUGUUCCUUCCCGUACUUUUAAACCAUUUUUCUCUCAAUCAAGCUACCAGCCUGAUCAAUAUAGCUAUAAUCUCAAGCAAUACUCUGUUGGACAAGGACAUCCCCAGCAGCCUACAAGGUUCAAGCUGUUUUGAUUCAAAGCCAGUUUCUAAGGUGAAACUAAAUCAGAUGCUGCAAUCUUUAUUCACUACUUUUCUCUCACAUUCAGCCUUCCCAGCCUUGUUCAUCGGAGUGUUUUUAUUAGCCUUAUCAAGUUAUUACAAUUCAGUGGUCUGGAUUAAUGGAAUACAUCUAGGCAUGCAAAUGUCAAGCCCACUAGAACCAAGACCUGAAGAUGAGCCAAUGGAAAACAAGCCUGCCACUUGUUGAAGACAAACUGAUUGUCCAAGAUUUGUAUUUUUGGCUGACCAAAGCUUAAAGACCUUUUCUGCAUGCUAAAUGCUUUUGUUAGUAUAAAGGUGAAGCAGAGCAGCUACUCCAGAGCAUGGUGCAGGCUACACAGGUUAAACUGAAGCAGUGCAUGAAACAUGAUCUAAUGUUGACUUCUCUCAAAUAAAAUGGAAAAACCUA